AUGUCUCCCAUGUCUGUGCUCAGGAGUCUGGCGCCUUAUAGGGGUCAUCUUUCGACGUACUCGCGUUCCGCUCUCCAGCCAGACGUUCCGCUCGCAGUCCGCUCUGCUGCGUACGGCUUCUCGCCUCCGCACAGCACUUCAUUUGCCACGAAGAUUUGGAAAGAAGGGGACCGUCACAUGAUGGAGAUCGACGGCAGGAAGGUGGAAGCCCUUGACUACUCAUCCAUGAAUAAGCUGGAGCCAGAAGUGACGGGGCUAACAACAAACGUGUGGCUCAGCCAGAAGUACCCGGGGCGCGUCUGGAUCUCACACGUGGAGGAUGACGACAGGCCUUGGGAAUGGGAAGAGCUGGAUGCCGGGCACCUCUUCCCGAUGUUCCAAAAGAAGUCCGGUCCAAAAGAACCAGCAUCUGAGGAGUGAAGCCAGCAAAAACUUCUUUGUCAUCAAACUCGCUUGUCACGAUACUCAACUAGGCAUACAUUGAGGUAUAGCUUAGGUCGAGCUUACAAAUAGAAGCUGGCCAUGAUCGAUUCAUGAAGUGUCUACCGGUUCCGAAUCCAUCUAGAACAUUCCGCUUGGUUCACACGUUUUAGAACUCAGGUUUGUGUCUGCACUUUAGGUUUCCAAACGUAAUUCAAGGCAGACAGGUGCACCGAAAACGGCUUAUCAUGUGUUCGAUCGCCAGCAUAAGGUGUGACGGCAGCUGAUGGACAUCUUCUUGAGCUUCUGCGUAGACUACAGGGUUGAUGUCGCUUGUGCUGUUCACCAGUACCCAG